AUGCUAGACCAGCCAGCUACAGCGACAAACACCACUAACUCUCUAAUUGAUUCAACAAACCUUUCCGAGGAUUCUGAUAGUGGUUUGGCUCACGAAAGCCACGAACGACUCGAUCGAAAAUUGCUAGAUGAUUUUUGUUAUCGUGAAUCCACAUCGGAUACAAUCUCAUCUGUGUGUAUUUUGGGCAAACGAAUUGUUCGACAAUAUGCCAGUGAAUUUGUCCUACCCGAUGACACAAGAGUGGCAGUUGGAAGAGUAGAACGUACGAAUCCGGCCGAUGGCGAAGAACAAGUCACCGUGACUUUGUCCUUGGGCGUGGUACUCAACGAUCAACAACUGGCCAAAGCUUCCUGUGUUGCCAGUCACAUGGACGAUUCGGGAAUCGAUUCCGGGGCACUGACUUGCAUGUCCUGUUUAACCAGUUCCGAUGAGAUGACCUCGGAAUUUUCGAACGACACUGACACAGAUCGUGAAUGCGGUCGAUGGGGAAGAAAAUGGUACCACCAGCGGUUAUAUGGGACGAUGAUUUAA